AUGCGCACGCAUGUAUGUUGUACCGCGCAACUCUCCGAGGCGCUCGAGUGGCGCGCAAAGCCUCGCGCCGCGGGCAUAGCACCGCAGCACGCGGCGGGCCCGCGCACCGGUCGCGGCCUGCCGCCGCCCGCCAUGGCUGACAUGCCGGACCUCUCGCACCUCACGCCCGAAGAGCGCGCGAUCAUCGAGGGUGUCAUGAUGCGCCAACGGCAGGAGGAACAACGUGAACAUGAGAUCAUGAGACGCAAGCAAGAUGAAGUUGCAGUGCUCGAGCAAACCAUUCGAACGAGGAAUGAAAUGCACCGCGCUGCGGGCGUAGAACUAGCAGCCACUUGUCACAUCUGUUUAAAGACUAAAUUCGCUGACGGUGUCGGGCACUCGUGUCAUUAUUGUCGAGUGAGGUGCUGCGCUCGAUGUGGAGGCAAAGUUACACUUCGCUCUAAUAAGGUAAUAUGGGCAUGUAUAUUGUGCCGUAAAAAACAGGAGCUUUUGUCUAAAACUGGACAAUGGAUCAACAAAAGUACUGGCCAAGAUUCAAUGUUAUGGCAAAUGGAGAACGACCUGCGGGGCUUGCCACAGCCUGAUGUUGCUUUAGAUAAAAGACCGAAACUAGAACGGGCGCACAGUGCAGCAGAAAAAGAAAAUCUGCCACUUCAGAGAACAGGCAGUGCUCUGCGACGGCAGUAUAGUCAGCAAGAUCAAAGAUGUUACGGGGAGCUGGACGGAUUGACGAGAGCCCAUCCACAUUUAAGUCACUCGCGGCAAAAGGCUACCUAUGGUGUGGUAGACUCGGUGCCUCCGCCUGCCCAGCAUCUUUUGCCACACACACCGGCGUCACAUCCUGCUUUACCUCCCCGGUCUUCCUCUUCAGAUGAUGAGGUCCCAGAGUGCGUUUCUGAUGAGAAUGACGAGUAUCGCGACCGCAGACAACUAGAGGCAUGUGCUCCAGUCCGGCACCCGCAUCUUCGUAGCGCCAACGUGGCUGCCAACAAUUAUUACAAUUUGCUUAAUCAUUCGCCGGCCGCUUAUGAGGCAGAGGCACGCGCUCCAUUUGAUGUGGCAAGAACUGGACCAUCAGGCGGACGCAGUUUCGAUUCUGUGACCGAUUGCCGGUGGCGGGCUCGCGACGACGGCGAGGGUUCAUACUUACGCCCGUACGCCCCAGACGAGGGCCCGCGCCCCGAUCGAGAGGUGUAUAAGAGUGCCUAUUUAUGGGAAGACUCCUCAGACAAUAGACGAUUCACCGAGAGGAGAAAAAAGACCGUUCGUUUUGACGGCCACGAGGGCGCAGCGACGUUCCCGCGCGGAGGACGUGACGCGUCAGGCGCGCCGAACGACUGGGCCUCGUUGCGGUGGGAAUCAGAACGCCAGACCAGUCAGGACUCCGCCACCAAAGACUCGGGCAUCGAUACCUCUAGCACCUUCACAUCGAGUGAAGAUUCUAACAGAGGCGAUUGCCCAAAGUUUCCGCUGAGCUGGCAGGUAUCUGCCGACGGAAGCCGCAUGAUUGGUCAUAUGGUGUUACGCAAAACUAUCGUCGAAGGUAGUUCACACUCCUCUGCCGCUAUACUCGGACUGAAAGUAGUGGGUGGGAAACUAUUAUCCGAUGGCACACGUGGGGCAGUCGUUGAAAAAGUUAAAAAAGGAUCUAUUGCUGAUUUAGAAGGUCAGCUUCGAAUAGGUGAUGAAGUAUUGCAAUGGAAUGGGGUCCCACUUCAAGGUCGCAGUGCAGAGGAGGUUGCUACAGUGGUGGCGGAUAGUAAACAUGACUCUCACGUAGAACUGGUUGUGUCGCGUCCGCUUGCUGCGUCUCGGCCUCCAGCUCAACCCUGGAGAACUCACAAAGAAGUGUACACGGAAGUGAUAGGUGGUUGCGAGAAACCGAGCGUAUUGGUGACGUCACCAGGGUCGCCAGACAUGCACUCGCGGCGACGUCCUCCACGCCACAGUCAUCACAAUGCGAAUGUAGCAGGACGGAUACAGCUCAAAAUAUACUUCGACAUCUCGGCUCUCCAACUCUUGGUGACUGUCGUGUCAGCCAGUGGACUAACACCGAGGGCUGACGGAUCCCCCCGCUGUCCUUACGCAAAAAUAUUCCUUCUACCAGACAAGAGUGAGAAGAGUAAACGGCGAACUAAAACAUUGGCCAACACACUGGAACCGCGAUGGAAUCAGACUUUUGUGUAUUGUGGAAUUCGUAUCACAGAUAUAAAGAAGAGGACACUAGAGGUCACCGUUUGGGAUUUAAAUCGGUAUGGUCCUAACGAUUUCCUUGGAGAGGUUCUACUCGAUUUAGACAACGUUGUGAUGAACCACGAACCAAACUGGUACACGUUGAAGCCCCAUGAGGAAUCUGGUAGUUUUAGCAGAUACCGUGAAGAUGAAGCCGACGGUGAACACUUAUCCCCACCAUCGACUUCAACAUCGCGUCUUUCAGACUCAGAUACACCAAGCGAAUGUGAUCUACGACGUCAUCACUCCCUCUCCAGCCUAGCUUCCAGCUCCAGCCCCCCGCUACCACAUGAGAGAUCGGAUAUGGAAGGAGUUCGGUCUAGUCGUCGGGAUAUGUCACCAGCGGGUCGAGUGCGAACCUCCGGGAUGUCCAGAGAACGUAGUACGGGCCACAGCGUGGCGCGGUCUCAGUCAGCGGCUGGUGUUGCCAGGCCAAACCGUGCUCGCAGCAAGUCCCCGCGACGAUCUCUAUCACCGCCCAACGAUCGUGACUGGCGCUAUGCAGUGAACGAGGAGCGAGGUAACGACGCAACUCGUUUACCGACGCAUGCGUACGCGCCGCGGUUUCAGUCACGAUCGGCUACUGCCACACCUACCACCAGCCCCAAAAAAAGACAAUUACCGCAAAUACCCCACCAGAGUGCCCAGAGAGCUGUCCGAGCUCAAGUAUCGGCGGACCUGGAGGAACGUAAGUGGAUCGCCCCUCAUCACAUUGGCGCCACACUCAUGUACCGCAGCACGCCACAAGGUUGGGAACGACACUACGCGGGCUUAUCAGACUCAGAGCUGGCAGCCCGGAGUGGUGGUGGUUGGGCACCGAGACGUCGGUUGUCUCCAGACGCCACAGCCGCUGACUCGGAUCUUGAAUCCGUAGGAUCAGUUACUUCUAGCGCCUUCAGUACGCAAUCUGAGCGACCAAGGCCGACCAGAAUGCUAAGCCGGAGACGGAUCCUCCCUCCUCAUAACACAUAUUCCUCUUGUGAUAGUGCUACCCCUAACCCUGAUUCUUACCAUCGAGUGCGUUGUACUAAUCGUACCUUUCACCGUGUAUUACCGUGUAUUUCUAUACCGGCGGGUGUGGAGCGCGCGGUUAGACGUCGGCUCCGAUCUCGAACCGACUCUCAUCAAGUGGCAACUGUAGACUCAAGAGAAAAUAAAGAAAAAAUAUCACAAUAUCGGGGUUAUGAGAGUGAAAGUAGUGACGCUGAAACUACAAUUCAUGUAAGUAUCGAAAAGGGAAAUAGUUUGGACAUUGAGUCUUCAAAGAUACACAAAAGUCAGUUCAUUGAUAAAGCUGAUUUAAGUCCUGAUCAUUGUAACAUCACGGAGGAAGUUAGGUCUACAAAACUAGAAAGGAAAAAAACUUUGUCUUUAAAUUUGAAAACUAAUUACGAGUCUAAAAAUAUUAUCCAAACACAAUCUUUGGAUGUCCAUGAAAGUAAAAAGACAGUAUUUACUUCCAAGAAUGAGAAUAAUGAACAUCCUUACAGGCGAAAUUCUGACUCUUUAAUAAAAUCUUCACCACCAUUUACACCUGACCCGAUAAAAAGUAUGUUUAAAAGAAUGAGAAUUAGUUCAAAAGAUCACGCAAAUAAAACUUCAAAUGAAACAAUCCAAAAAAAGCAGGGUGAAGACAGUAAUUUAAACAAAAUUGGUAACACUGUUAGUAUAAACGAAGUUCUAACCUUUCAAGAAUAUCGAGUACCAAAUUCCAUUUUCCCUCAGUCCAGUAUAGAUCUCUCAAUAAGAAAACCUUUGUCAUCUAUCAUUGAAAAAGCUCGACUCCGCACAUAUUCUUUAGCAGCGACUGAUCAUUUAGAUCGUGAGUUUUGUAUUAUGGCUAAUUCUUUGUCUGUUGCUUUUUCUGCCCCGAACCUGCGCUCGUCCCGUCGUGUGCUCACUCCUGUCGCCUCAUAUCUACCACUUGGUGACACUCAUCAAAACAUUCACGAUGCACCGAUGGAACUCUCCUCUUCUGACAAUUCGGUUUCCUGCGGUCGGUCCAAAUCAAUAAAAUGUGCAUCGCCACAAAAUCAUAAUAAAUUUGAUGCAACUGAUAUGGAACCUGCACAAACGAGGGAAACUGGAAAACCUACCAACUGGAGUUCAAAACGUAGUAAUGACUAUGGUGGACGUGAAAAUGGCCGCAGCAACCAGCCACAGCCUUUGGAAAGACGAGAGUCACGUCGAGGUCCAUUCACGAGAAGUUUAAGUAAUGCGGAUGUCCCGCCGGACGAAAAAGCAGAUGGGAGCCUCAGUGAUACUGCUCUUGGAGGCACGAGCGAGCUAGAACCGGCUUCUGACGACGUGCUACUUAAAGCGGAACCUCGUGACUACUUUGGUUCUGGCAUGGGCAAAAAAAGCAACUCUACAUCGCAAUUAUCAGCGACAGGACGAAAACGGAGAUUAGGUUUUGGCAAACGUGGCAAAAAUUCAUUUACGGUGCAACGCAGCGAAGAGGUGGGGCCUGGUGAAAUACGCGGAGGUGUAAGUGGAGUGUCCCGGACCUCAUCCGCCUCCAGUGAGAACGACGAGGACAGAUGGUCUCCUGGUAUGAGAGGUUCUGGCUCUUCAGAUGGUGGUGGCCUAUCGGAUUUUAUAGAUGGCUUAGGACCAGGGCAACUGGUUGGAAGACAACUACUGGGUGCGCCUACUUUAGGCGACGUACAGCUGUCAAUGUGCUACCAGAAAGGAUUCCUCGAGGUAGAGGUAAUCCGUGCCCGUGGCUUACAAGCCAGACAAGGCAGUCGGACUCUGCCUGCACCUUACGUUAAGGUAUACCUUGUAAGCGGGAAACGGUGUAUCGCCAAGGCGAAAACUACAACGGCGCGCCGAACCCUGGAUCCCCUCUACCAGCAAACGCUAACCUUUAGAGAAAACUUUAAAGGUUGCGUUUUACAGGUGACAGUAUGGGGAGAUUAUGGACGAAUAGAGGGUAAAAAAGUGUUUAUGGGCGUGGCACAGAUCAUGCUCGAUGACUUGAACCUCUCAAAUAUCGUCAUAGGAUGGUACAAACUCUUUGGAACUACUUCUUUGUAA